AUGUCUUCGGACUUUUUGCUGCAGGGAGGAUACUCGGUCCGCGCAGACACCCCGGAAGGUGCCGACCUAACGCCCUUGCGCCAGGCAUACGCCUACGUCUUCUACGACACUUCCCUCAGCGCUCUUAACCCAGGGCGCGCCGAGAAGCUGGCCCGCUCCAUCUUCAACAGCACUCAAAACAACUGUGGCUCUUAG